AUAAGGAACAAUAAAACAUGCUUGAUUAGAUAAACAAACCAGAUUAUUGAUAGUGGCUUUGGAUAAUUUUCCUGUUCAGUAGUCAUUUUUUGUUCAAUUUCAAGCACUGAAUAUUAAAUUCACCAGAUGGGCCAUGCAACAAUCAAGAGCUUUUGCAGCAUAAAGUUUGUUCCUCAGAUCAACCAAGAUGGAAGCUAACCAAGGACAAAAUCAAAUAAACAUCAACUUUCAUGAGGAGUACUUAAGAGCACUUAGGACAAAAUCAUAUGCUGAUUGCUUCAACAAAGCUCAAUUACUUGCAACACAAUCUUCCAUAAAUUAUAGCCACAACACCUUCUUAGAAUUCCUCCUUGAACCUGAUCAAGAAAGUAUCCUUUCCCUUGUUGAAUCAGCAACAAUUUCAAUGACUCUAGAACUCAGAAACCUUAUGCUAAGUUACUUUGACAUUAGUGCUGAGGCAUCACACAUUUGCACCUGUCUUCUCAAAAGCAUCAACCAAAUCCACUAUACUCAUGAAUUCAUUCAAAGAGCACUGGACAGUAAUAAGAAUAAUUGUGAAUCUUCACAGAAUUUCGAACUAAUCGUCUUUGAGCUCAACUCAUUCAUGUCCUCAAGCAACCCUUUUUCGAACCACAACUUCAAGCUCAUAAACGAUAAGUACUCGUCCGUGUUGCGCCAUUUGAGAUCAAUGAGAACAAAAAUUGGAAGGAAACAGAGGAUUUUGAAGUACUUGAAGAGGUUGUUUGGUAUUUGUGUGACAGCAACAUGUGGCAUAGUAGCAAUCAUGGCCAUGGUUAUAGCAUCACACACUCCUCUAACAUCACUAUUCAUGGGGAUAGCAAUUCUCAACACCCAAUUGAAGCAUCUUAAGAAAAAGCUUCGAAGAUGUAGUAGAAUUUCAUCAAAAAGUGAUUCCCUUAGUAAAGUUUAUGAUCAACUUGAUAUAGCAGCUAAGGGAACUUACAUAUUGAACAGAGACUUUGAUACAAUGAGUAGAUUUGUGACAAGGAUUCAUGAUGAAAUUGAACAUAACAGGGCAAUGGUGCAGUUCUGUUUGGAUAGAAAAGAGGACAAAUUCUCUUUGCAGAUUGUGAAGGAGCUUGAGAAAAAUGAUGUUGGGUUUAGGAAACAAGUGAAGGAACUUGAGGAACAUGUCUACUUGUGCCUUGUAACAAUAAACAAAGCAAGGGCUUUGGUCAUUAAGGAAAUGAAAAAAUAAAACAAGACUUUCAA